AAACUUUGUUUGGUACAGAAAUUGCUUUCAUAGGGCACAGAUGGUUUGUACCCUGUGGUUUCCAAUGGGACUCAAAACACAAUGUAGUUAACCCUAAUGCAUUUUGUUUCAGGUCCACAAGAGAUGGGUCUUCCUGAACUUUUGUGUCAAAGUCCAUUUCAACCAAACAAUGUUUUGGCGCAUCAACCUGGAGAACAUUUACAAGGACUGGUUAACAGAUUUAUAGACAUUAUAGAUGCUUCUUAUGAUAUUGAGAUGAGGUUGGCUCGAAUGAUAUCGCAUCCACAAGUGGAUGAGUUCUGGAACCAAGCCCCUACAACGGUUUAUGAGUUGCAAAAACGUUGCACCAAAGUCUUGCCACCCUUAUUUGAACAGCAACAUGGUGUUGAUAGUUGGUUAUCUGAGUUUGAACAGCAGGGAAUAGACCAACUAGUCAUAAGCACUGAUGAGUUACCAGGUAGCUGGCUGUCAUUCCUCGGGAUUGCGUUGAGCCACCUGGGUGGCCUUUUUCAACCAAAGUUUUUUGAUGAGUCCAUCAAGUGGCAUGAGCAGGUGAUCGAACAUCGAGUAGGGAUCGAAAUGGAGGGGCUGCAGCAGCGCUCCGGCUGGUCGGUUAAAAUAGAAGCGACGCGUGGAUCCCUCUUCAACGCCUUACAGGACGCAGCGAUGCUAGCAGUCAUCACGAUGAGGCAGCAUUUCCCUUUCGAGUUCCGCGACACUCCGUUCACGGUUCUGCCCAUGGUUCCUGGUCAGAGGACCAGGCUGGACUAUCCUGUGGUCGGUGGCAGCGCCGUGGCCUCCGCUUUUAUGGGGAUCACCAAUGUUGAUGUGGCGACUCUUCAGAGGGAGCGUUUCACGUCUUUCCAAUGUGAGCGCUGGGAGUACUUCAAGGCUCUGAAGGAGCACACGUUGAGAAGAGGGAAGUUGCUCGCGGUGGCUAGGAAGAUGAUGGAAGAGAUCCCUUCGACGCCAGAGAAGAACCAAAGGAUUGUAGAGAUACUAGAGAAUUCAGGAAAGAUGGAAGCUGAUUUUAUUCCGAGAAAUUGCAGUUGGUCCGUGUUAGUUUCAGAAAAGGCGCAGACGCAGGUGGAGCCAUCUCAUGUGGAGGAGAUAGCGCCCGCAACCAGCUCCUCGGCUGUACCGGCCGUGGCCAGGCUCUGAGAUGCACCAGCUUCUGUUGACAAUAUUACGAUUUACAAUCCAAACCAGUAUUUGUGAAUGGUAAUUGAUGUAUCUUUUAGGGUAAGAUGGUUUGAUAUAUGAAUUCAAUGGUGUAAACCAGACCUCUUCUGUUGUAAACCCAUGUAUGUGCAAGACCUAUCUGGGCUCUGAGACUAUGACACCCGAAGGUGCUGGCUGUUAAGACUUAUUAAGACUUGUGGUAUAUGGUGCUAAAA